AUGCGCGCCAAGGCCGCCGAGAGCGCCAAAGCCAGCGCAAAGAGCUUUGCGGGCCCGUCACCCGAUGACAUUGUUCUAGCUAAACAGCAGCAGGCCAAAAUCGGUGCCCUGACAUCGAAUCUCGGCAAUCUUAACAUUGCCCAGACUCCCGCCGCCAAGACAGACUUUUCCAAAUGGAAGCCCAAGAUUCAGCCCCAGGACUCCGCCGUGACGGCAAUCACCCCAUCUCUCAACGCCGUGGCGGUUGGUCACGUGGAUGCCGGCAAGUCCACGCUUCUCGGCCGUCUACUGCACGACACGGGCGUUGUUUCGAGCCACCAGGUUGAAAAGCUGGCGAAAUCCGCGUCUGAAAUCGGCAAAAAGUCCUUUUCGUACGCGUGGCUCAUGGACCAGACCGACGAGGAGCGAGAAAACGGAGUCACGGUGGAUAUUUCUGUUCGGGAGUUUUCCUACGAGUCUCGUGAAUACUUUAUUCUGGACGCGCCAGGCCAUUACAACUUUGUUCCCAACAUGAUUGCUGGCGCGUCUCAGGCCGACGUCGCCAUCGUGGUGCUGGACUCCCUGGCCGACGCGUUUGAACGUGGGUUUUUCGCCGACGGUCAGACCAAGGAGCAUGCUCUCUUGUGCAGGGCCAUGGGCGUUAAUCAUGUGAUUAUUGCUGUGAACAAGAUGGACCAGCUUAAAUUUGAUCAGACGCGAUUCGACGAGAUUUCCGAUCAGAUGGGCUUGUUUCUGUCAAAGAUUGGGUACUCGGAUGUCCAGUUUGUUCCUUGCUCUGGAUUUACCGGUGCCAACAUUGUAAAAAAACAGGACAUUUCCUGGUAUCAUGAUAAGACGAUCAUGGCGACGCUUCAGGGCAUCCCCAGUGCUGUCAGCAGUGACGAAAAUGCCCUGAAACUGGACAUUUUCAACGUCAAGUCGUCGUUUGGAGGAGUGACGGUGUCGGGACGACUUUUUGCUGGCAUGGUUCAGAUUGACCAGCCAGUGGUUAUUUCUCCCGGAAACCAGGUUGCGAUUGUGCGUAAUAUCGGCGUGGAUCUGGGCUCUAGAAACUUCGCCAAGGCUGGUGAAAAUGUGAAUCUUUCGCUGGAAGCUGUUGACGGCUGUGAUUUGGAGCUGAUCAAAGCGGGCGACAUUUUGGCACAGUAUUCCGACCCUGUGAGGCGUGGAAACAAGUUCCGAGCACGGGUGACUCUGUUUGACGUGGACCUUCCUGUUCUGAAGGGUACUCAGUGCGAUUUCUACCGGUCUCGAGUCUCUUCUGUGGCUGUGUUUUCCAAGCUGUAUUCCUUAUUGGAUAAGCAGGGUAACACCAUCAAGGAGAAACCUCGGUUUGUGGACAAGGGCCAGACGGCGUUUGUGGAGCUCAUCUUGUCGGACAAUAUUGCUCUGGAGCUCGAAAAGGAGAACAAGCAUCUGUCGCGGUUUGUUUUGCGACGAGAUGGAAAGACAAUUGGAUUUGGCAGUGUGGUCAAGGUGGCGAGGAACCCGGUGGACACUAGUCAGGUGGAGAAGAUUCAGAUUGGAGAGGAUUUGGAUGAGGAUGAGGAGGAUUAG